AUGCCGCAGCUCGAGACACACAAUGUCACUUACAUCUGGCCAUACCUCCCAUCGUUCGUGGCGGGUGUCAUAUUCGCCAGUCUGUUUGCAAUCGGCACGAUCGUCCACUGCUGGCGAAUGACUGGGACGAAUGGGAAGUUCUGCUUCUGGUUCAUCCUGGGAUAUCUUUACCGGCGCUUCGCUAUCCGGACAAUCGCUCACCACCACAGCGGGCGGAUCUGGCCGUAUAUCGUGCAGACACUGCUAAUCCUCCUAGCCCCAGCCUUACUCGCAGCCUCGAUCUACGCCUCCCUGAAACGAGUCAUCGUGAACCUCAAAGCACGGGAAUUAUUCAUGCUGCCUCCCCGCUGCACUACGGGGUUCUUCGUCUCCGGAGACGUUGCGUCUUUCUUCAUCCAGGCUGUCGUCGGCUCCAUGCUCUCCUCCACCACGGCCAGCGCGUCCACCAAACGCACCGGCAAAACGGUCAUGAUCAUCGAGCUUCUAGUCCAGGUCGUCUUCCUAUCUGGAUCCAUCACCGCCACCGCUGUGUUCCAUCGACGCUGGAGUUCCUCGUAUUCGUCCCGAGACCUCAGUGAGAGUCUCCGCCACUGGAUCAAAGUCCUAUACUGUCUGUACGCCGUUGGAUUGCUUAUUCUGGUCCGCUCGGUCUUCCGUGUUGUGGAGUAUGUCGAGGGGGCGGUUGGAUAUCUCCUGACUCAUGAAUGGCCGCUUUAUGUUCUUGAUGCGGCUCCUAUGGUCCUGGUCAUGGUUGUCUUUGCUAUCUGGUAUCCUGUUGCCAGGCGGCGGCGCGAUUUUACUUCGAUACACAGUACGCAGAGCCUGCAAUGUAUCAGCUCGGCCGUUUGA